AUGGAUUAUGAAACUCUCUUUGUCAUUCUACCCAAGGAACCAAAAAAAUGGUCUCGGGAGGAUGUGUCAUAAUGGCUUAAAUUUGUUGGAUUGUAGUCUCUGGAAAGCACUUUCAGUACGUAUUUAUUUUUAGAAGUAGCAAAUAAUUCAAUUGAUGGAUCCUGUUUGGAAUUAAUAGAAGAAAACGACCUCAUUGAUGAUUUAGGAAUCAACAGUAAGAUAGUUAGAAAAAAGUUGAUGCAUUGGUUGAAAAUUGGAUUAAAAGAGUACGCUUAACACAUAAAAUCAGUUUUUAUUGAUGAUAAGCGAUGUGAUAGGAUGGAAUAAGAAAACACUUCACUUGAAAAUACAGAAUCCGCACAAGCACAAUAUGGAUAAAUAAAUGUGUAACAUGAUAUGAUGACUAAUUACAUUAAGAAUAAUGAAAUGUUAUCUCAAUAGUUCCAACAACCAUUAUGUGAAAUUGAAAACAAGCCUUAGUUUUUAAAGAAAUAAUAAACCGGCAAUUAAUUAGAAUAAGAAAUAGAAAACUUAGAAUCACAAGUAUAAAAUGAACUCAUAAUUCAACCUACUGAAGGACCAUAGACUAAUUUCUAUUGUAUUAAGGAAUCAGGAGGUAAAAUAGGAAGGCACUCCAACAACUAGAUUUUGAUAUUAGAAGAAAGUAUAAGUAGAUUUCACGCGGAAAUUGUGUUUUAAAAUAAAGAAUUUUUCAUAAAAGAUAUAGGAUCAACAACUGGGACUUUCAUCAAAGUAGAGAGCAAAUUGGAAUUGAAAGUUGGAAUGAUUAUAGAGCUUGGAAGCAAUCAAUUUGAGAUAUAGCAAUUGAGUAUGAAUAAUCAAAUAGUUGAAAUUGUCAUGUUGAUAGUGGAGGGGUUGAAUUCAUCUGAAAAGCACAUAAUUGCUUUGAAUCCUUAAAAGUGUGUUACAACAAUAGGUAGAAAAUAAACUGCAGAUCUCACCUUCAGUGAAGAUCAUCAUCUCUCAAAUAUACAUGCCAAGAUUUGUCUUAUUGAGGGACGUGUCUAUUUGGAGGACAUGGGAUCCACUAAUGGUUCCUGGAUUAGGUUGUCUAAAGAAGGAUAGUUCUCAUAGUUAUAUCCCUUAGAGAACCAAACAGUAUUCAAGAUUGGAACCACUUCUACUUAUUAAUGUAAAAGAACUACUUAGGUGGUUGCUGAUAAGAAUAAUGAGAAUAGUUGUAUAAUUUGCAUAGAAAAUGAUCGGGAUGCUCUGUACAUGCCCUGUAAACAUAACACUGCUUGUCUCAAAUGCAGCAAGAAUUUGAAGGAUUGUCCCAUCUGCAGAACCAAAAUCCAAGAUGUUAUUAGGAUCUACAAAAACUGAUAUUCUUACAUAUAUAUAAAUUAUUUAAGUUAAA